UUUAAGAGCCGGGCCCAGGCCGGCCCGGGGGCCGCGGGAGCCCAGAGCGCCGCGCGCCGCGGAGGAGUUGGGACCGGCGCAAAAGUUUCCUCCCAACUCCGGCCCCGCGCGCCGCCGCCACCGCCCACUCCAGCCCGGGGCCUGGGGCCGACCCCGCCGCCUCCAGGGCCAGGACCAGGGCCAAAGCUGCGCCGGGCCGGCAGUUUCGCUUUGGUGCGCGCGUAGCAGCCGCCUCGGCCGGGCCAGGGCUGCAGCAAGAGCAGGAGGAGGAGCCCAGUCGCGGUGCCGCCGUUUGGCCCCCCACCCCUUCGUCCCCGGCCACCUGGGAGGUAGUCCUUCCCGCAGCCUCCCCUACCCCAGAUUCCCGCCCCCCCGGUGGCCGCCUCCCUGGGACGAAGGGGUGCUGCUGCGAGCCCCGGGCCCUGAGGGGGCGCCGAAGAGAGGCGCCCCGGGUCUCCGGGCCUGCCCGUGCUGCGCGUCCCCCGAGAGUGGGGGCUGCACCCGCGGAGCCAAACACCUGUUCGGCCAGGCCCAGCGUGGUCUGCAGGGGCCAGGAUGAAAGUGACCGUGUGCUUUGGCAGGAUCGGCAUUGUGGUGCCCUGCAAGGAGGGCCAGCUGCGUGUCCGGGAGCUCACGCAGCAGGCACUGCAGCGGUACCUGAAGACCCGGGAGAAGGAUCCUGGCUACUGGGUGAAGAUCCACCACUUAGAAUACACAGAUGGAGGAAUUCUGGAUCCAGAUGAUAUCUUGGCAGAUGUUGUGGAAGACAAAGAUAAGCUGAUUGCCGUGUUUGACGAGCAAGAACCACUCCACAAGAUUGAGAGCCCCAGUGGAAACCCGGCAGGCCGGCAGAGCCCAGACGCUUUUGAGACAGAAGUGGCUGCCCAACUGGCUGCGUUUAAACCAAUUGGUGGGGAAAUCGAAGUAACCCCUUCUGCUCUGAAAUUAGGCACUCCGCUGCUGGUGAGGAGGAGCAGUGACCCGGCGCCCGGCCCACCUGCUGACGCCCAGCUGAGCGGGGCACACCCCGGUGGCCAGAGUCUGAAACCUGUUAUUCUAGAUUCCAUACAACACUUAGAAGAUGGGGAAGUUAUGAAUGGUGUGCAGACAGAACUACUGACAUCACCGAAAACUAAGGAUGCACUGAGUGAUAUGACAAGAACAGUGGAGAUUUCCGGGGAAGGAGGCCCCCUGGGGAUACAUGUAGUGCCCUUCUUUUCUUCUCUGAGUGGAAGGAUUCUAGGACUCUUCAUCCGCGGCAUCGAGGAAAACAGCAGGUCUACGCGGGAAGGACUGUUUCAUGAAAACGAAUGCAUUGUGAAAAUCAACAGUGUGGACCUCGCAGACAAAACCUUUGUUCAGGCUCAAGACGUCUUCCGCCAGGCGAUGAAAGCACCCUGCGUGCUGCUCCACGUGCUUCCCCCUCAAAACCGUGAACAGUAUGAGAAGUCGGUUAUCGGACCUCUGAGCAUUUUUGGUAACGAUGGUGUUUUGAGAACAAAGCCACCACCGUCAGUGCAUGGAAAAUCGGGAAUAAAGUCAGUGAAUCUCACGGGAGCAAGCAGUCCUGAAGAAGACGUGUCAGCUUCCCUGCAACAAAGCAAGAGCCCCCGAGUACCAAGAAUAGGUAGAAAGCCAUCCUCUCCCUCACUUUCCCCUCUCAUGGGGUUUGGCAGCAAGAAAAAUGCAAAGAAAAUUAAGAUUGACCUUAAGAAAGGCCCUGAAGGACUUGGGUUCACUGUGGUUACCAGAGACUCUUCCAUACAUGGUCCUGGUCCCAUUUUUGUAAAAAACAUUUUGCCCAAGGGAGCAGCAAUAAAAGAUGGCCGCCUGCAAUCAGGGGACAGAAUUUUGGAGGUAAAUGGCAGAGAUGUCACCGGACGGACUCAGGAGGAGCUCGUGGCCAUGCUGAGGAGCACCAAGCAGGGAGAGACAGCAUCGCUGGUCAUUGCCCGCCAAGAAGGAGCUUUUCUGCCCCGAGAGUUGAAAGGAGAACCUGACUGCCAUGCUCUCUCUCCGGAGACAACUGAUCAACUCACCUUUGAGAUCCCCCUGAAUGAUUCUGGCUCUGCUGGUCUUGGGGUGAGCUUGAAAGGAAACAAAUCUCGAGAAACUGGAACAGACCUGGGGAUUUUUAUCAAAUCCAUCAUCCAUGGAGGUGCUGCGUUUAAGGAUGGUCGUCUGCGGAUGAAUGACCAGCUGAUUGCAGUUAAUGGGGAAUCCCUCUUGGGAAAGUCCAACCACGAAGCUAUGGAAACACUUAGGAGAUCGAUGUCCAUGGAGGGAAACAUACGAGGGAUGAUCCAGCUGGUGAUUCUGAGGAGGCCAGAGAGGCCAAUGGAGGAGGCUGCAGAGUGUGGGGCAUUUUCUAAGCCAUGCUUUGAGAACUGUCAAAAUGCUGUGCCCGCCUACAGAAGAACGGAUAAUGGCACGCUGCCUCCGUUUAGCACGUACAGUCCGCCAGACAGACAGAGAGAGCCACUGCUGCCCAGUGACGGAUGGGCCGAGAGCGCAGCACCGCCUUCUCCGCCACCACAUGGCGUUCUGGAGCUGGGCCUGGAAGAUUACAGCCACAGCGCUGGAGUGGAUUCAGCAGUAUGUUUUCCAGAUCAGCGCAUCAACUUCAAAUCUGUGACACCCGCCAGGCAGCCCGAGUCAAUGAAUCUGAAAGCCUCAAAGAGCAUGGACCUUGUGCCAGAUGAGAGCAAAGUCCAUUCAUUGGCUGGACACAAAUUGGAAUCUCCAAGCAAAGAUUUCGGGCCAACUCUGGGUUUGAAAAAGUCCAGUUCCUUGGAGAGCCUGCAGACAGCGGUUGCCGAGGUCAGAAAGAAUGAACUUCCCUUCCACAGGCCCCGGCUGCACAUGGUCCGCGGCCGCGGCUGCAACGAAAGCUUCAGAGCAGCCAUUGACAAAUCUUACGAUGGACCCGAAGAAUUAGAAGCUGACGGACUGUCUGACAAGAGCUCGCACUCCGGCCACGGAGCUCUGAAUUGUGACUCUGCCCCUCAUGGGAACUCCGAGCUAGAGGACGUGGAAAAUAAAUCCAGGAAAGUCAAAAAAACAAAAGAGAAGGAGAAGAAGAAGGAAAAGGGCAAAAUGAAAGUCAAGGAGAAAAAGCAGAAAGAGGAGAACGAAGAUCCGGAAAGGAAAAUAAAGAGGAAGGGAUUCGGUGCCAUGCUGAGAUUUGGGAAAAAGAAAGACGACAAGGCUGGCAAGGCUGAGGCCAAAGGCCCUCUGAAGCACGGCAGCCUGAGGGAGGAGGAGCUGGAGAAAAUGAAGGAGGAACGGGAAAGGAUCGGAGCAAAACAUCAGGAGCUAAGGGAAAAGCAGGCAAGAGGUCUCAUUGAUUAUGCUACUGGUACAAUUGGAUCAUUGCAUGAUAUGGACGAUGAUGAAAUGGACCCCAAUUAUGCCAGAGUGAACCACUUCCGGGAACCAUGUGCAUCAGCAAAUGUCUAUAGGUCGCCAUCUCCCCCUCGGACUGGACCACUGGUUUAUCCUCGAGAUGGCCGUCCACUGUCUCCAGAGAGAGACCACUUAGAGGGUCUCUAUGCCAAGGUCAACAAGCCAUACCAUCCACCAGUGCCAGUUGACAGUGGCCGUCCCAUGAGCGGAAGUGCCGACCGCAUCCAGAAGUUGCGGAAGGAGUAUUAUCAGGCUCGCAGGGAAGGCUUCACGUUAUACGAGGACGACGAAGGAAGAGCAAGGCCAUCUGAUUACGACCUUCACUGGGUGCCUGGAAAGGGUCCAGAUGGGAAGGCACACAACCUCCGCUUCGAGGGGAUGGAGAGACAGUACGCAUCCUUACCCAGGGGAGGACCCGCCGAUCCUGUAGACUACCUGACGGCAGUGCCUCGAGGGCUCUACAAGGAGAGGGAGCUCCCAUAUUACCCAGGGGCUCACCCUGUGCAUCCCCCCAAAGGGGGCUACCCCCGCGCCCCGGAUCUGAGGGCAGCGGAUCUCCGGUAUCCCCAGUACUACCCACCCCCUCCGGCCCCCCAGUACAAAGGACCCUUCCGACAAGACGUUCCGCCUUCGCCCCCUCAGCACCACCGAGUGCCGGGCUAUCAGGAAAUGGGCAGACCAGGGCCCCGAGGGGGCAGCCCAGACCAGUACCCCUACCGCACCCCGGAUCCCCGGCAGAAGAACCCCAUGACCGCAGCCGUGUAGCUGGACACCACCAAGCUCAACGCAGCCCAGGAAGGAAGACAUCUAACAUCACCUUCCUUAAGGCCUUCUUCCUGUUAAGACUCUCAUCGGUACAGAUUAGGUUGGGUUGUUUUGUUCUGUUUUUUCCUGAGUUUGUAACACCUGACUGCUAAUUAGAGGGGAAACGAAAGGACAGGAGUUUGGAGGGGACACAUCAGGAGAAAGAGGAUGGAUGGGGCCAUAAAAAGGACACUGCCUGAUAUCUGAAGUACUCUUAGAGCGGUUCAAUUCAGUGAGAGUGGCAUUUGAACAGGCAAAUAACAAAGGAGAUGUACUGUGCGGUGCCCCCCGGCCAGAGAACCUGUGCGUGCGCACAGCCCACAGAAUUGGCAGCGUGGAGGCAGCUCUGCCAUGGAUCGUCAUUCCUUCAGAGCCGACCUUCACCCCCCCCUAUUGUUAAGUCUGAAGAGUGGCUGCAAAUAUGGGCAUCUUAAGUGAGUGAUUUUUUUUCAACGAGAAAAAAACAGCAAGCACGACUUGUGAUCUUGAAAUGUUUUCUACCCAGAGGAAGACUGCAAUUGUUUAUUUGUAGAAUUUCUCAGGUUCCUUGUACCAUUCAUUUGGUAUAAGUGUUUCACGCUUCCUCACGUUUUAUAUAAAAUUCAGAUGCAAAUGCAGUAUUAGUGUCCUGGGAGAACGUGCGAAGCUAGUCAGAACUUCCAGAAGGAAUCUAUUCCAAGGACCGAGGUGAUCAGGUGAAGAGGGCUGAACCCCACCCCCCACCAUCCUCCCUCCCAUGCCCCAGGCACCGUAGCAUGGACAUGGGGGUCUCAGUCUUCCCCACAUCUCCUGCCCACAAUCACGGUAGCCGAGGCCUCUGCUCUCGGCCUCCCACUUCAGGGUGCAGGACUAAAACAUGCUUGAGAGAAAGAGGGCCCUUCCUGACCAGGCCGCACAGGAAGCGAUGCCCUGGAGGUGCCAAUUCCAGACUCAGUGCCAAACAGUGCCAUCUGUACCCCAGGGACAGGGAGGGGCUGACUGUGACCUUUGGAGGUUGAUUACCAGCAGGUAGUAGAUGGUGGUGACUGAUGGGGUGUGUGUGUGUGUGUGUGUGUGUGUGCGUGCGCGCAUGUGUGUGCAUGUGUGUGAAGGUAUGUGAUUACCAGUAAUGAGAAUGAAAGAUAAAAAUGCUUUCUGGAAAGUUUGAUGAGCAAAAGGGAAUAAUAAAGGAAAAAAGAAAGCAGAAGGGACAGGAAGGGAGAAGACACAGAAAACUAGAUCAUUCUGUAUCUGCUACAUUUCAUUAACAAAAGUCAGGGCGAGCGGAAGGCCAGGGUGUCCAGCUAGGGAAUGAAGGUGUGUGGUUUUGAAAAGCUGAAACCCCACCCUCCGAAACCCAUCACAAUUUCUUUUGAGCUUCGCAGCUAUUUUUCUUUUUCUUUCAACAGAACACCUAAAACUUAUAACCUGACCCAAAUGAGAAUGCAGACAAAGAAUGAAAAACAGCAAAACCUGGGGAUAGCAGUUUGAAUUUUUCAGCGAUUCUCAACCUACUUUAAGCCUUUUCACGUUCCUUCUUUAUUCCCCCCUCCAAAUAAAAACACCUUGAGUUCAAUUUAGAGGUAUUUUGGCCAACAUUAGAAUACCUCUGGCUGAUAGGAUUUAAUAAACCAUAGUGUGAUUAAAUAUAUCGAGAUCCAUCUAGCCCUGUUUAGUUUUAUUUUUCUUAAUUUAAAAUACAGUUCUGUUACCAAGAGUAAUGCAGCUGCUGGUUUGAGACUUAAAUGGUGUUAUUUCCCGGACUUGAAGAGGUAUCAUUUUCUAAACUACAACUUACUUGUGGCCCUCUUGAAAAUAGACUGUCAAGCCGGUUCUGCCCUCUGUCAUCUCUCUCCAGCCAGGCACCUCCAGGUUGUUCACAAUUUGUGCGAAGAGGCCGAGGACCUCCGGCCCUGCUCACCUAGAGGUGAAGUGCAGGUGAGCUGCAGGGUUUCCAGGUCAACGUGCUGAAAGCUGCCUUCCCCUCCACCAAAAUAAGAAAAGAAGACAGUGGUCAUGUGGGGACAUCUGACCUGUUCAGAAGCAUUCUGAGAGUCAGCUCUUCAUGGUGGCCCGGAGUCUAACCAAAUGUCUUGGACAUAACCAAGCCAGAAGGCUGCUUCUGGAUUAAGGCCAAGGCUUCCUGGGGAGUGGUGGCCUUUGUAGGAAGAAUGCCCCUAUUUUCUCCACGCUGCCACCUUGCGAGCACAGCAUCUCCUGCAGGCAGGCUCAGGGCGGGCUGCCCCAAGUGUGGUUUCGUGGCGUAUGCACAGCGCAGCAGCUGCUAAUUCUGAGGGGCAGCCAGUGAUGAGAAGGCACUAUUAAAGAGGACCACAAAACGGUUGUAGCGGUUUUCUCUUUUGCUUGAAGUAUAACGUGUGCCCCAUUGACCUUGCCCAAAAGAACCUACCAUUAUAUGUAUGACAGAUUCCAUCGAGGCAAGCAACAAUUAAGAACAGCUUGAAUAUAAGCUUUAUAAAUGCCUUUGGACCAACGCCCCAAUGGUCACCACCCAGAAGUUGCAGAACUCUUUCCAGAGUUUAAGAGAACAGGUUGUUUCGAGUAUUUAGAAGACCAGGCUAUAAUCAGUAGGUACCCAGUUGCAGGAAAUAGUUCCAGGUUUAUUUAUGGCCUUGGAAAAACUCAAUCAGAUAUCUCCGCAUAGCUCAGAACCCUCCCAGGAGCAGGUGCGCAGGGAGCUGAGAUCCACUGACAUACACCACCUGGCCCGUGAUAUGACCACAGGGUCAUCUAAGCUUUGCAAUGAUGUUUUGGCCUAAGUCACUAGAUAUUUUAAAGGCUUCUGUUUUGGUCCCUUCUUACAGGAGUAGAGAGGUGAAAGCGAGAACACCACUGCAAACUUUUAUUUGCAGAAGAACUUAUUCCUCUGCAAGGGAGGGAAACACAAUAUCUCAUUAGCCAGUUGUGUCCCUGGGCUGUGGCGGUAUCACUCUCGGCACAGCAGUUGCUCCUCCACUGCAUCAGAUCAGUGGAUGCAAGACAAGCUCCAAGACAAGAGCGUUUAUUUAAAUCACAGUUGAGUAACAAACAUUG